GCUAUAAAAAACAUAUUCAUUAAUAAAUUGCAUUUUUUUGGAACAUAAUAUAAAUUUAUGUUUAAAUGUGUCCAUUAAUUUAAAUUGUACUUCAUUUAUCUUUUAAAUGAACUAAAAUGUCUGCUGUAAAAACUAAAAUUUCAGGCGUGCGAAAUGAUCAACUUUUACUGGGCUGAUUUUGUUCAAAAAAACGUCAAAUUUCACAAAACAUAUCUAAUUGAAGAUACAUUAUAUACACACGAUAUUAAACUACUAUUAAAAGAUAACAUCACAACAUUUUUAGCAAUGAGGAGUCAUUUUAAAAAAAUAUAUGAUGCUAAACCAAGAGUAAAUUGUUGGUCAAAAAGUUGUCCAAAUAAGAAGCAUAUAUGUAAUACAGUUGAUAUUCGUGAUUUGCAAGAAUCUCCAAACUACUGUAACUCAACAAUAAGCUCUUCAGCAAAAAAAUCAAAAAUAUACUACAGCCAACAGAAAUUGAAUUUGAAUGCUCUCUCUAAUAAAAUAAAAAUAAAAUCACGUAUUACAUUGCCAGAUAAUCUUACACAACGACCCAAAAAAUCUUUGUCAGUUGAAAAACCUAUUAAAUAUUUAGAAUCGAAUAUAAGUGAUGAUUCAGCAAAUUUGAACGAUGAUGAUUAUGAAUCAAUGGAAAACAACAGUCGUGCUUGUUCAGUAGAUAUUACCUGCCAAAGAGACGAAAAAAGUAGAAAACUUAUUAGACAACAAUAUUCUCCUGAAUAUAUUGACAGAAUGAAUAAAAGUAAAAGUCAACAGUAUAAAAGUAUUUCUUACUCAAAAUUUCUUGAAGAAAUAACCAAUGAAAUUGUCAGACUGGAAUUGUCAACGGACAAUGCAUUAAAAACAGUUUUUCAUAAACACAUAAAGAAUAAUACAGGAAAAUUAAACAAGAAAAAAAUGAUAGAAGAAGUGAACAAAUUGCAAGACUCAUUAGAAUUACCAUUGUACACUGAAGAUAACAAAUGACGAUUAAUAUAAUAUAUUCAUCAUCAUGAAUUUUUUUUAGUCCAUCGGCUUUAUAAUUUAAACCAAAUUUCAGUUAAGCUGUUAUAUUUUUAAGCAAUAAUUUAAGAGUUACUAUUUUUUUAAUUUCUGAUGGCAGCACUAACUUAUAAAAUGUAUAAACGAGUUUAUAUAAUAAUUGUUCAAUAUAAUUAUUUUACCUAAGUAUUUUUUUAAAUGUUUUUCUUAGGUUAAAAAUAGGAAAAUUAUGGAUUAUUACUAUUUAUGUGUUAAAAACUUAACUUAGACGUUUUUGCAGUAGCAAUACGCACAUAUUAAAUAUAAAUACAUGUACAGAAUGUUCAAAAAUUGGUUAAUUAUCGUUUCCGCCAAACCUGAAUAAGGCCAGUUUUUUUUUUCCAUCAAACAUAAAAAGUUCAAUAUAACAUAGGGUAUUAAUAUUAAUUAGAAAAAAAUUAUUAUUUUUUCCCAUCACCAUCAAAUGAGAUUUUUGUCCCCCUUAACUAUCCCCUAAAUACGUCACUUCUUUUUGAAUAAUUACAUGUUUUAUCAAAUAGGUACAUCUUUAUAAACAAAGUAUGACGUUUUACCAAAGGUAAAUAAAUUCUAAUAGGUCUUAAGU